ACCAAGUAUUCAACCAUUUAGUUACCAAUGGACAGUUUGACAUUCGGCCGGAAGUCGUGCACAUAUGUUUCCGACGUCGCCGUUGCAGAGGCGCGACUGCGCAGUCGGCUACGGCCUGAAUAUGUCGACUGGCUGAAGAGCGGAGGUGCGGAGUAAUGCAUGAUACGUAGACGACUGUUAUCAUGAUCACCACCGUGGCGAUCUCCUUCGGUUGAGAGUGCCGGGCUCGAUUUAACGCGCCGAGACGCGUUGCCGCGCGACGCAUUCAUCGAGAACCAGUCCUAGUUCUCCUCGUGGAAGCAGAAGUAGCAGCAGCAGCAGAAGGAGGAGGAGGAGGAGGAGAGGCCGAGUUGCGCGAGAGAGCGCCGCGCCAGAUCGCUAUCGCUGCCGCUGCCGUGCCGUGCCGUAUCGUACCGUUCCGGGGGCGGUGAUCGGCGAGAUCUCCGAGCAGCCGCAGCGGAGCGCGGGGAGCGCGGCCUUAUGUCAAAUCGACGACGGCGACGACGACGAGGCAGCGCGCCAACAUGAAGAAGCUAUUCUCGAAGAUCGACAACACGUCAAAGGAGCCCAACAGCUACCUGGGGAAGGUGUUCGUCGUGGGCCGUCACACGGUCACCGUCGAGGAGGUCUUGGCGGAAGGUGGGUUCGCGAUUGUAUUUUUGGUCAAGGCCUCAGGUGGACGGUAUGCACUUAAACGCAUGUACGUCAACAAUGAACAUGAUCUCAAUGUGUGCAAAAGGGAGAUACAAAUUGCUAGCAACCUGAGUGGUCACAAAAAUAUCAUAGGAUAUGUAGAUAGUAAUAUAACUCACACUGGAGGAGGAGUACACGAACUUCUACUUUUAAUGCCUUAUUGUAAAUCUCAAGUUCUCCAAAUGAUGAAUACCAGGUUGCAAACAGGUUUCAGUGAGUCGGAAGUUCUACAAAUUUUUUGUGACGUUUGCGAGGCUGUAUCACGGUUGCAUCACUGUCAGACUCCCAUAAUUCAUAGAGAUCUCAAGGUCGAAAAUAUACUGCUCGCUGACAGUGGACACUACGUUUUGUGUGACUUUGGAUCGGCGACGGGAAAAAUUCUGAAUCCCAGCAUCCACGGUGCUGCGGUAGUCGAGGAAGAAAUCAAGAAGUAUACUACUGUAAGCUACAGAGCACCUGAGAUGGUCGACAUGUACUGUGGAAAACCUAUUACAACGAAAGCGGACAUAUGGGCUUUAGGAUGCUUGCUGUAUAAACUUUGCUAUUUUACGCUACCGUUUGGCGAGAGUACGCUCGCCAUACAAUCUGGAAAUUUUACUAUACCGGAUAAUUCAAGAUAUAGCAAAGCUCUGCACUGUUUAAUUCGAUACAUGCUCGAGCCGGAUCCCGAUCUACGCCCUGACAUUUAUCAAGUUUCCGUAAUUGCUUUCCAAGUUCAAGGAAAGGAGUGUCCCGUACAAAAUUUGCAUAAAGUCCCAACGCCAACGAUAGAAUCGUUACCGUGUCCGCCCAUGGAAUCCGAGAGCAUUAAAAGAUCGUCGUCCGUGAAAACUCCAAAGCCUAUAUCUAUAACGACAACGGUCGAGGGCACGUCCGUGACGCCGCGACAAAGACCGAAAGGGCAAGCGGUCAGUACAGGACCCAUCAGCUUGAGUGGCCAGAUCGUGGGACAGAUAUCAGGCCAGGGAAGCCAAUCGCAAAAUACGCCGGGAAAUUCUCUGACUUACGUUCAAGUAUCGCCGCACGUUUGUACUCCCAAUCAAAAUGUCCCUUUCGGCCAGUCGCCAGGACAACCGUCGCAGUAUAAUCAGUCGCAGAGUCCGAUGAUCAGUCACUCCCCUCUAACUCAACAGUCACCCGUCACCGUUCAGGAUAAGAGUGCUUUUUAUUUCGACUCGAGGCAGCACGACGCGAGGACAACGACGAACGUGACCGAGAAGACUUUGGAGGCUCUAUUCCCAUCGUCAGGAUAUCCAGAUCCGUUUAAAGACGACGCGAGGGUGAUGCCGCCGCCUACCAAGAUACCGCCCCCUGUUGCUCCUAAACCUGGGAAAAUUCUCCCGAAACUAUCGAAUCCUAGUUACCCAUCGUCAUCCAAGUACCCACCGGUUACUUCAUUGCCAUCGAAGUUAUCCAUUCCGACAACAGGGCCUAACAAAGUGACUUCAUCGACGGUAACGCCGCCAGCUUUACCGAAACCGGUCAACAAAACGGAGAGCUUGAGCCAGAAUAUAAGCUCGAGCAUAUCUCCACCUGACAGUCCGACAUUGUCAUCCUCGCGACACAGGAGGAACGUCAGCGACACGAGUGCUUUUAACAAAGCGUUCGCAACUGAGACCACUCAAUUCUUAGCGCCAUACGAGGCUUCGGUGAAGCCGCGUUCUGACGAUACCACUACGCCCCCAGAACUCCCAAGUGAUAUAAGGCCUUGUAUAGCAACUAGUGCCUCGCAUGUACGUGUUGGCGAACUCUCGAGCCUAAUGGGAUCAGAAGGGAGAUCGAUGAGCGCAGAUGUAGCUGCGUGGAAUCCGUUCGAAGAUGUACAGCCGUUUAAUCAGUUAACGGAAGAUCAUAUCUUUGGUGCUGAAUUUGACAAAAUAAGAAGGGGAAGCAAUACCAGUAUCAGUGGAGUGAAGAGUCGCGAGAGUCUUGUCAUGACGUACACCGAGCUACCAGAAGAUCCCUUUGAAUCCGCACCCUUCAGUCUGCCAACAGGGAAGAAGAAUAAGAUUGGAUCAAAGACUGCUGCUAUUGCUGGAGGAAAAUCGACGAAUGGUAGAGCGAGAGCGCCUCUAACGCAGUGGAAUCCCGGGGUAGUCGAGCGCAGUGGUAGCGGCGGCGGCGUGGACGACGAAGCGUCCUUGAUCACGGAAUCGAGUCCAGUCUCGCCGCCGUUCGUUCGCGCGCCAGCGGAGGAUCGUUCCAAGUAUGAGAAACUGGCGUUCAACGCUGACGAGGUGUCCAGCGACAGUGACAAGGGCGCGAAGGAGGCCAAGGAGCGCGCGAAGAAGACGAAGAGGCGACGCGUGAAGAACGUGUUGAGCCGCAGGCGAAGAGUGGCGCACGAGAACACGGAUAACGCGAAUAAUGCGACGAACGUGGAUUACGAGUCGGACGACUCGAUCGGCUCGGCCAGCGAUCUGCGUGCGAUGAACGACGAGGAGGGCAACGAUCAGGAAAAUGAUGAUGACGAUGACGAUGGAGGUAAGCGCGGUAAGCACGACGAGACCAUCUCGGAGAGCGUGCGUACGUGCGGGAGUUCCGCGUACCAUGCGGAAUGCGAAUCCGUGGCGACACACGAGGAUGAUUACAGAUUGAAGAGGCCGAGGAAGCAUCACUAUCGACAGCAGGAGCAGCAGUUGCCGGUGAUCGACGCAGAUCCGAUUGUCGGCCAUCAAUACGGCGAGAAACCGCUGCUGCUAGACGACGAGUUGGAUCCCGAGUCCAAACCAGAACAGUCACACGGCGAUCCCUUCGUACGGCAUCAGUAUGGCUCAAAGCCAUUGCUAUUCAACAACGGCGACAGCUCGUCCGACGAUAACGAGAAAUCGAAGUCACUGAACAAUGGGAUCUGGAAAGUCGAGGACGACGUGUUCGCUCUGGCACCUUUCCCCAGAUCCAGCAGCUCCAGGAAGAGCAGUGACAGUCGCGAGAGCGAGACCAAGAACGCGGAUCCCGGCAGCGCGAAGAACUCGCCUCACAAUUCGAAUCUGGUCACGCCGAUCUCCAGCUCGCCCAUACCAGCGGAAGUGUUCGCCGAUGUCGUGGAAAACAAAGUGGCAGCACCACCACCACCGCCGUCCAAGCCCUGCAAAUAUCCCAAGAGUAUUAGCACCGUAAAUAGCAGAACUAUUUACGAAGAGCCACCGUCGUUUCAUCAACCGAACGUUCAGGCAUCACCUGUCAAGGGUAGUCCUCACGUCAGCAUCGCCGAGCAGGAGAACGAGGAGAAGGAUCUCUUUGGUUCCUCUCCAUUCAGUCCCAGCGGGUUCACCAAUCCGUUCAACAACGUUCAGUCGAAUUACGUGAACAUCGAUGCAUCCAAUCAGCCCAUGUCGACGAUUCUGAGCCCGGCAGGCUCGUCCACGUAUAUCGAUUACGCUAAUUGCAUCUCGUUGCCGUCUCACAAUCCACUACCAGAUAAUUAUUGCGCUAGUCACCCGAAUACAGUUGCAUCCACGUCGAAAUACGGCAUGGUAACGGUGAACUCCGAGCCGGCGGUCAGCCAGGCGCCCUCUAAGGACCUUUUCGGAUCCAUCCCGUUUGAGGAAUUCGCGUCGCUGAAGAUCAACGAGCCCCAGCAACGUCCCACGUCUCUGUCACUGUCGCAGUCGCCGAGUUACGUAGACAACGUCGCGCUAACGACGACGUUGCCCAUUAGCGUUAUACAAUCACCGAAAAACACCGUCGUUCACCUGACACCCACGCCACCGUCACAGUCGCAGCCACCACCGCCCACCUACACGAUUCAGCCGACCACGCACACCGCCAGGAUCACCGUGCAGGCGAUCAACAGCGUCUCUAAGGUGGACAUCACGUCUGACAUGAUAUCGCCCAUGUCACCGGAGCCGCUAGUGGUCGCGGACGACGACACGCCGAAGCACAAUAAGAAGGACAAGUCGAAAGCGGACAAGUCCAAGUAUCACUUGAUCAAUGAGAAUCACGGCGACAUUGUCAACGUGUUGUCGGCUCACAAGACGUCUUACAAAACUAAGUCGGUAAGUCACAAGAAAACGCCUAAAGGCAAAAAAAAUACGGCCGCGACCGCGGGCUUCAGUAACAUGAGCUUCGAGGACUUUCCCAGCGACGAGAACGAAGAGAGGCAAGCGGGACGAACGAAGGUGGCUCCCUUCGAGGUGAUCCGCGAAGCGUCGGAAAAGCGAUUUGGAUCGUUGAAGAGGCGAAGUAAUCCGUUCACCUGAAAUGAGGCGAUUUUCGCUAGGAGCUAGUUGAUACAAGAUCAUUUAUUAGGAAUGUGGGAGCAGGCAGAAGAUUAAUAUAUGAUACGUAGGUGAUUGAUCAAUACGUUGUGCAUAUUGUAAGGAUACUGAUUACCUGGUUCUAUACUCGUACGGUUUUUCCGAUUGGUCAGAGAGUUGUUUUGUAUGUAUCAUAUGGAUGCAAACAGCUAACGAGAUAUUAAUCCCAGUAUAUAAAGACAAAGUAGUAUUUGCAAUUAGAAAAUCGGUUGAUAUGCAGGUUGUAUAUGUAUGUGUGUAUAUAUGUAUAUGUGUGUGUGUGUAUAUAUAUAUAUAUAUAUAUACACACACACACACACACAUGGAAAACAAAGGCAAUUUACCUUUCAAUUUCGAAAGCGCGAAUUUGACGGCAGGGUGAAAUUCCCAGUGACUAAAAUUAUAUCUAUUUUACAUUAUCCGUUUUCGAUACAUGCGUUUGUGAAAAAAUACGAGAUAAAGAAGUUAUCUAAGAAGUUUUCAUAAAAGAUAAUAUAAAAGAUAAUAUUUUACAUUAUUUAAAAUGCUUUCAUAAUUAUCUUGACAUUAAUUAUCUUAAUUUACAAUAUUUACAAUUAGUUUGUUGUUGCUUUAUAAAUGUAACUUUUUUUCUGAAUUAGCAAAGUUAUGUAAAAAUAUAUUAAUACACCUAUUUUUUAUUUAAAUGCUAAAUUGGAAAAUAAAAAUGUACAUUUAAAGGGGGAGGGAGGAUGCUGUUGUACAGUUUCAAAUACUUGUAUAUUUUUUCACAAACGUCGAUAAUGUGAUGUGAUAGCAGCAAUUAGCUGCAUUCGUUUAUAUCAGGAGGCAUAGAGCAUGAGAAAAUAAUAUUUGUACGUGUACAUGCCUAAUUCACAAAAUGUGUGCGUGGUGGAUCGUAUAAAUGCGAUUUACAUUAAAGUCGGAAAGUAUUAAUUCAUAUACUACCACUUUUUAAUUACUUUUGCAUUUUUAGAACAUUUACACAGACAAGACAGAUAGCGAUAAGAAAUUAACUGAAAAAAGACAUUACAGUAAAGGAAAACGUUGAUUUUUUGUGAGAAGUGUGAGGGGAAGAUACUUUCCAACAUGUUUUAACACGAAACCAGGUUGUGGAACUUGGCAGCUCGAUACCAAAAAUAAUAAAUAGUAGAUAGAGGAAGCUCGUGCAUCUAUUUUUGCAGCUAAGUCUUUUCACUACGUUUGUACUUUAAACAUUUGUAGAUUUCUACUAGUACAAUCUACUAGUUCUUACAAAGCAAUUUUUCUAAGAAAGUUGUCUAAACUGUACGUAUGUAUAUCUAUAAACUGCAAUUUGUCGCAAAACUUAGCACCGGUAAAAAUAAAGAAAUUUUUAUCGCGAUUUCUCAAGUCCGAGAGAUCGUACAACCGAGUUUUCCUCAUACAAAUUAACAUAAUGCAUAGUUUACAAAAUUCGAUGUUACAAAGGCGCAGGUAGUAGCACAAAAAUGAUUUGUAAUUAACAUUUAUCAUGACCGCAUCAAAACUUUUUGCGUCUCGAUGGAACUUUGGUAUCUCGAUGGAAAAAUAAGCAAGUUUGCUUAAAAGAAUUAGCCUUAUCGUGUAAGACUGACUUGCCGUUUAACAGUCUCGAUUAAUACGUAGAUUAUUGUAUAAGAUGACUACAUACGCCUCUUUCUAAUUGCUUGUAUGAUACGGUAAAGCAUAAACGACUUGCUAUUCGUAUCAACUAUUCAAAAUAAACAGCGUGAUUUCUGCGCUCACCAUAAUCGAGACCGUUAAACAAUGUAUACAAGCAGUAGAAGUGAUACUAGUACGUAGUAACAUAGUGUACUAGUAAAAGGAUCCUCCUUGAUAUUUAUUUCUACACACACGCAGUAUUGAAUCUGUAUAUACGUUAAAUUAUCUGAUUCCGACAAUUUGUGGAUUUAAUAUGAAAUUUUAUAACUCGUAAAAUUAUUUGACUUUGUACUGCUAAUAUACUGCGCCUUUCUAAUCAAGCCUAUGGGCAAAAUCUAGUUCAGUGUAAAAAGAUGUGACAAUAUUACAAAAAUGUUUGUAACUUACAUGUUUUUAUGCGCACGCAUAUAUAUAUAUAUAUAUAUAUAUAUAUAUAUAUAUACAAAAAUGUAAUAUAAUUUGUAGAUAUUAGCUCGUAUAUGAUUAGGUGCCUUCCUUUAUUAAGUAGCAUUCAUGCUUGCAGUCUUUGCUGUCGUGUAGUAUAUAAAAGCUGAUAGUAUUAUAAGAUAAACAGAGUCAAUUGUAUUUGUACGUGUAAGGGGGAUAGUGUAUCUGAAAAAUGGGUUUCAGUUUAGUUCCUACACACAACGGUGAGAUAUAUCCAUAGGAAGUUGAACACGAUUUUUCACACCGCUUCAACAGAAAAACAAGAGUGAUUUACGUAUAUGCAAAUAGGAUUAGAUGUCGGAUUUCGGUAAAGUUGAUUCGGCGAAGUCGACGAAUUGAACGAUUUGAAUGUAUUUAUUGAACGUACAAGAGAGUUUCAUUAUUAUAUCAAAUCUUAAAAUGCUGUCAUUCUGAUGUGCACCGUGCAUAAAGCAGAACGAACUUUCUAGAUGAUCUGAGAAACACCAAGCACUUGUAAUUUAAUUUUUGUCCUAAGAGGAUGUAAUCCGACUGCAUAAAUCCUUGCAGCACUUUAUAAUGGUGUAGAUACGAUAUACAUUCCUUUGAAGUUUUCAUAUGCUGUUAUAUUUAUUAUAUCGUUGGUUUAUAUAUAUAGAGAGAGAGAUUUCUUGUUUUUUUUCCAUGUAUAAAUACGCAGGAAAUAAAAUAACUGUCACGGAAAAUCGAAUGAACUAACUUUACUAGUUCAUAUUCAAACUUUUUGUCACUGCCUGCAGUAAUGACGUUAUAGCAUUUUUUUCCAGCUUUUGUUAUUUCCUGAUGUUACCUGCAUUACUCGUACGCAGUUUGAGAUUGUUAACGUACACUACGCGUGAGUCAUCGACGAUACAAUUAUUGUGUAUUAAAAAUAACAAUUAAUAUAAAGAAAUGAUGCGUUUAUUCAUGUGUUAAUUAAGUUAAAAGAAUGCUGACUUUUAUUCUUAGGACGAUUAAAAAUAUAUUGUUUCAAUGUGUACACAAAUGUAAUUUAUAUGUAACAUAAUAAUGCAAAUCGUGUAAAAAUGUAUAAAGAGAAGAAUGCGAUUAAAUAAAAUACGAGAGAGAGGAAUGCGAUUAUUUUCCACGGCAGCGGGUGAGUCUGUUUUUUUUUUUUUUUUUUGAUAAUAAGAAUACGAAGAACAUAUAAUUAUUGAAGACACUAUCUCUGUAUAAAAUGCAUCAAUAAAAUAUAUACCAUUAA